UGGUGUUAGAAUAUUUAGGAUUGUUGUGAUGAGAGGCCGCGGCCAUCUUGGAUCCGCGCCGCUCCACACCGAGCAGCAGGAGAGGACGGACGACGUUAACGGUUGAGCCAGUUAGCUAACGUUAGCAGCUCGGCGAGAUUAACCACCAUUUGUGCGGUGCAACUAUGCUUUAUUUACGUUAUUUGUAUCCGUUUGCUGCUACUUUGAGUGCAUAAAAAUGAGAAUUAGCAGCGUUAAACGUUUAACGUGUUAACUCGGGAGAGGGCGGCGGCGGUGCAGAUCCUCGGUAUAUGUUUUAAAUUUCUGGAUAGAGGAGUUACUAUGAAUGGAGGAUAAAUGUUGCCAAAGGCUGACAGCAGCAGUUUCGUCCUCUUCUCUCUUCUCUUCGUCCUUACAUUAACGGACCCACCACGGACAGGUCCGCGGCUAGCUCUGGCAAGAUUAUUGUCAGAGCAGCGCUGCAGCCCUGGGCAGUUUGCCUGCCGCAGUGGAAAGAUGCAGUGUAUCCCAAUGUCCUGGCAGUGUGACGGCUGGACAGCAUGUGAGGACAAGAGUGACGAGAUGGACUGUCCCCCUAUAAAGGAGGAGAGGUUUCGUUUUGGUAACGGAUAUGAUCAGGUAGAAGACGUCAUCGGUGUGGCUCAGCCUGUGCGCUUCAACAAGAAAUGCCCCAGCGGGUGGCACCACUACGAGAAGACGGCCAGCUGUUACAAAGUGUACCUGAGGAACGAGAACUACUGGCAGGCGGUGGAUACGUGUCAGAAAGUCAACGGAUCAUUGGCUACUUUCGUCACCAACGAGGAGCUGCAGUUCAUACUGAAGAUCGAGGUGGAUUUUGACGACAAAGUCUGUGAGCGCAGGGACCAGUGCAAGUUUUGGGUGGGCUACCAAUAUGUGAUCACCAAUCAGAACCACUCCCUGGAGGGCCGCUGGGAGGUCGCAUACAAAGGGUCGAUGCAGGUGUUUCUGCCACCUGAGGGUCUGACUAAUUUCGGAGAGGCGUCUCCCACCCAGGACAACGUCUUCUGUGCUCAGCUGCAGCGCUUUCAGAUCAAAAGCAUGAAUGAACGAGGCCUGCACAGCUGGCAUGCUGAGAACUGCUACAAGAAGUUCCCCUUCCUCUGCAAGAGGAGGCAAACGUGUGUGGAUAUAAAAGACAACGUUGUAAACGAGGGCUACUACUUCACCCCUAAGGGGGACGACCCGUGUCUGAGCUGCACGUGUCAUGACGGCGAGCCUGAGAUGUGUGUGGCCGCGCUGUGUGAGCGCCCGCAGGGCUGCCAGCACUUCCGCAAGGAUCCCAAAGAGUGCUGCAAGUUCACCUGCCUGGACCCAGAUGGAAACAGUCUGUUUGACUCGAUGGCCAGCGGGAUGAGACUGAUCGUCAGCUGCAUCUCGUCCUUCCUCAUCCUCUCUCUGCUGCUCUUCAUGGUGCACAGACUCCGUCAGCGGAGACGCGAACGCAUCGAAACUCUGAUUGGAGGAAACUUGCACCACUUUAACCUUGGGAGACGAGUCCCAGGCUUUGACUACGGCCCGGAUGCCUUUGGUACCGGCCUCACUCCCCUGCAUCUGUCUGAUGAUGGAGAGGGAGGCGCUUUCCAUUUCCAAGAGCCUCCUCCGCCGUAUGCAGCCUACAAAUACCCCGACAUCCACCACCCCGACGACCCCCCUCCUCCGUACGAAGCCUCCAUUAACCCCGACAGCCUCCUCUACGUGGACCUUGGACACGGCGGGGUUUCCAUGGUACCGAGCCUGAUGAACGCCAUGGGAAACGGGCUCCAGUCCGAUGUUCCCAACACCUCUGGUCCUGUGCCAGACUCUGUACCGUCCUCUCAGGAGAGGGAGGACUCCAUAGAUAGCAGCACCCUCCUGGUGGGGCCAGAAACCCCGACAGAUGGCCACGCCCCCGCUUCUGUCUCCUCCCUCAGCACCAUCGUAUAGGACUCUGGACGGACGGCAGGGAGCUGCAUCCGGACAUUUCCUGCUGGUUGAGGAAGGUCAUGAGUGCGUUCUUCCCCGGGAGAGGACGCAGCGGACUGUCGUGUCAUUUAUUUUUAAAUGCUGACCGCAGGGAGGAGAGUUAAAGUUUGUACAGACAUGUCUGAAGCAGCACAUUUCUUUGAGGUGCGAGGAUGCCCUCGUUCUGAAGACUCGUCUGCAGUUCGCCUUCAGAGUGUUGUUUUUUUGUUUUUUUUACGUUAACAUCUGAGGGAGCAGAAAGGACUGUUUCUGUACAGAGAAGAAAAAAACAUUGAGGCGGCACUUUUACGUUUAACAUCGACUGAGCGAAGCUUUUGAAACAUCUCAGAGUUGGCCUGAUUGGUCAAGAAGCCAUGAUGUAAAUACCCCUUCAGGUCUGUGCCGGUCAAAUUUGUUAUACUUGUGUAUCACAGUCCAGCACAAGGUCAAGAGUGACAGACGGACAGUGAAGCCAGCUAAUGUUCGUGUGCGUUUUAGUUUGCAUCUUACUGUUGUUCAAACGGACAUAUUUGUGUUGAUCUGUCGGUCUCCAGGCUACAAUAAUGUUCUCAUCAGCCCCGUCUGUCACGGCAUGUCCCAGAUCUUGAUUUCUACUCGCUCCAUAAGAAUCUACGGUCUCCUCACUUUCUUAUUAGUCUGAUACAUGAAGCUGUCUUCCAGGUUUAUAGCACAUAUUUGCUGCAAAAGUUUUGUAAUUAAGAGGUUUAACCUGGCAAGAAAGUACAGUUAGUUUCCUGCUAUAGGGGUUUAUAUUAGGUGAUGUUGACACAAGGCAUUAUGUAUCAAGGAAUGUUGUGGUACUGAUAAAUAUGAGUUAGUUAUUGUGUUCUUUUUGAUGAUAACUUAUGACUGCAGGCUGUAAUCUUGAUUGUUUUAUUGUGGGAUAGACGCAGUCUGAGCCCCCCCCCCCCCCCCCCCCCAACUGAUCAGCGAGCGAGAGCGAUGAAGCUGUUCAAGUGUACGUGUGAAGAUUAGGGAUGAUGUCCCAGCAUCAAAUUUAUUCAAGAUAACUGUUCCAAUCAUGAAGUGGUUUAAUCAUGCAGAUGGUCCCAUUGUAUUUACUUUAUCAUCAACUCUUCGCAGCAUAGUUGUGUACUUGCUAACUGAACCAUGUGAUUCAAAGCUCAAUGUUUUGCACGCUCAACCCUCAAAUUUAAUCAGGGCUUUUGUUUUUUGCAAAGAAAUGUGUUAGUUGUCACAUUUGGAUGCUGCCCCUCCAUUCCUGAUGUGUUUUGUUUGUGUGGGUCUUCACGCGAUACAACUGAUGCUGAGGUUGUUUUCAGCUACUGAUGAAGAUCCGUAGCUGCGAGUCUUUUUCUGUUUGGUGUUGAUGGGUCUGUUGACGUCCUUGUUCCUCAGUGGGAACGCAGUUUAAAAAAAACAAAAAAAACAACAACAAAAAAAGAAUUGUAAUAAAAAGAAAAGUGUAAACUUGUACAUUUGGAACUUGUUAGAAACCUUUUUGACGACAAUCGUUUGAUUCACUCAAGGAUGAAUUUCAGAAAGCCUGAAGUUAGAUCAGAGUCGACGCACAACCACCAGCAUUCAAACCGCAUUUGAUCUGCCUCGAGAAAAGAAACCAGCUGUAAAUGUGUCUGAAUGACUGUCUGUGUGUCAUGUUUGAAUGUAUGUAUAAAACUUUAUUUGUUCCCCAUUUUUAUUUUGACACAUUUGUCAUUGACACAGCAGAUUAUCCAACUAACAAAAUCUCCAUAAAUUGUGGGAAAAAGUUGCGUCUGCAUGUGUGUGUGAAUAUGAGAAGUUUGUUUUUUCUCCCAUCAAGUUUGAUUGUUUUUAUUUUUCAACCUGCUUUUUUUUUUUUUUUUUUAAACUGCGGUGCAUGUUUUUAAUCAUUUGGCAUGCUGAGAGAUUUUUCUUUUGAUGGAAACAUUUUUUAUCUCUGUCUGUCCUGUACAGUAGGUUCAAAGACUCCUGCAUAUAGUUUAACAUGUGCAUCAAAAAACCUGCCCAUGACCCAAACGGCUGCAUUUACACUCGUUUUCUCAUUUGAUUGGAUUUAAAAUGUUUUAUGUAUAAUACAACAAAUGCUACAUUUCAUUGACUUUUUAUUUUAUAGCCUUUUACAUUUUUAAAAAUGCUUCAUUUGCAGGGGGGAGGCUUGUGUUUUUAAAUGAGGAAGAUGUACAUCUAAUCAAAUGCCAAAUAAAUUGCACCAUGAAGGACGA